CUCUCUCUCUCUCUCUCUCUAUCUCUCUGUUCGUAGCGUUUCGUUGCGUAUCGGAUUUUCGAAGAGAAUGGCUGGGAGAGGCAAGACUCUUGGAUCGGGAUCGGCAAAGAAGGCCACGUCGAGAAGCAGUAAGGCCGGUCUGCAGUUCCCGGUCGGCAGGAUCGCCCGGUUCUUGAAGGCGGGAAAGUACGCAGAGCGAGUCGGUGCCGGUGCGCCGGUUUAUCUCGCUGCCGUUUUGGAAUACCUGGCUGCGGAGGUGCUGGAGCUGGCGGGAAAUGCAGCGCGGGAUAACAAAAAGACGAGGAUUGUUCCCAGACAUAUCCAGCUAGCUGUUAGGAACGAUGAGGAGCUGAGCAAGCUUCUUGGUGCUGUGACCAUAGCUAAUGGUGGUGUGAUGCCUAACAUCCACAAUCUCCUUCUGCCAAAGAAGACUGGGGGGGCUGGAUCGAAGCCAUCAGGCGAUGAGAGCUGAUCGGAAUCUGACAUUUUCUGGCAGCGUGCUCUCUACAAUGUGGUGUCCUCUCCUAAUUUCUUCAGCUUCUCUCUCUGCUAUUGUUUCUGCUGUGUGUUUUUUUGUUAGGUGGUAUAAUGUGAAUACGUGGAUUUGGUAAAAUGGGAAGGAAUUUGUUUGAUGCA